AAGCAUGGAAAACACAUUCGCUCCGAAGGACAGGAUCCCGGUGAGACCCCUGAACUCCUCGUGCAUUGGUCCGGUGUGUUUGUUCAGGGGAGGUUGAAUUCCCCUUCGCCUGGACAAGGCUUUAAAAACAUCUGGGGGGGUGAACGGACGCCAGUUGUUUUUCUUCCAAACCCAGAGCAAGUGAGAUAACCGAGGUGCUUUUAUAAGUGUCUGCUUUGAAGGGUAGACGUCGAAGGAUUUGAGCACGGGUCCUUCCGUAGGGAAGGGACAACCACGGGGGUCAUGUUUCGGGCGCUGUCGGCUCUGUGCUUGGCCUCGCUCCCGAGCCUGCUCUGGACUUCACCACUGUUCGUGGAGAGGGACAACAACCAGUCAACCGUCUGUAAGCUCGCACCUCUCUGGGACAUCGAUGGCUAUUCUCCCAUGAACGAGCUGCUGGGAAACGUGGUGGUGGUAGCGCUGCUGAAAGCUAGCUGACACUUCUGCCUCACGCAGGCUGCUAAGCUGGGAGACCUGCGUGAUAAGCUGGUACGGGGAAACCUGACCGGCGUCGCGUUUCUGAUCGUGAACGAACAGGACGCUCAUUCCAGGGCCAUGUACUGGGAGAUGAAGAGACGGACGUCGGAGGGCAUCCCCGUGUACCAGCAGAGCCCACUGCAGAGCAACGUCUGGGACACGCUGCAGGGGGACAAGGACGACUUCUUAGUCUACGACCGAUGCGGCCGUCUGACGUUUCACAUCAUGCUGCCGUUCAGUAUCCUGCACUACCCCUACGUGGAGGCGGCCGUCAGAGCCACGUACUUCCAAAACAUCUGUAACUGCACGCUGGAUUCCAACUCUACUCGGCUAACUAGCAGCAACGUGACCAGAGGGAAAUCUUUUGAGCAGAACCCAACUACAGCAGAAUCGCCUAACAUCAACAAUCAUCAUCAUCAUGACCAUGACCAUCACGUUCGCCAUGACCACAGCCGGAAUCGUCCCUCCCAGUAUCCGGCCGUCACGCAGACCACCAGCACCGCGCCAGUGAAGAAACACGCUCACCCUGACCCAGAACGUGUUAAUCACAUGAACACACCCUAAUCCUAACCCUUUUUCAAAUACAAGACCCCGACUGCUUUAACUUUGAGAACCAUGGCUUGACUCAUUCAUAUUUAACGCUGUUUCUUUACUCUUGUACUGGAGCUACGAUGCUAAAUCAGCUAACUAGUAAUAGAAGCCUGGAGCCAGCAGUUCAGCGCCGUACGAUCUGCAUGUUCAAAUCAUCACCAUCGUCUUCAUGGCGUCUCAAACAGAUCGGCUGGUUUGGUUCCUGAGACACUCAUAAACUUGGACAUCGCAGAGCUAAACGCGGUCGUAACUCCGCCCUGAAGGCAGAUCGCGUGUGAAGUUUUGAAAUGGAACUUUUCCCGUCGCUGUAUAUGAACGGAUAGUGUGAAGUAACACGCUCCGCUUUAUCGCUCCGCGUACGGACUCGUUUACUUCGUGACUAAUUCGUAGGAGCGUUUACGCGGGAAACGUUCAUGAAAAUCCCUUUUGCGAAAACCUCCGUGUCCAACGUUCGGCUCCCGAGUUUGCGUGAAUUUAUCGGCUACAACUCUGAGUUACUGCGAUUUUAAAUACGUGGUUUAUACGUCACGUUUCAAUCGCUCGAGUAUUUCACUUGCACGCCAAUUCCAUGACCAUUCUGUGAAGCGCAUUCGUUGCGUAAUCAAGCAAAAUACCAAAAACGCUUGAUUUUGCAGCGGGUUUUUUGCGAAAUCGCGCUCUUUCUCGGCGAUGUUUGCCGGUAAACGAGCCCUUUCAGCCGUACUCGUGUUCGACGCACGUGAAUCGAAGAGGGCUUCGGCCGAACGCGUUCGCGCUACGUCAUCACGACGCGCCUCGGCACGAAUCUUGCGGAAAAUCUGCUGCGAUUUAUUUAUUUAUUUAUUUAAAUCGCCAGCUCCUCCGAAUAUUGCGGAGUUUCCUUGAUUUUGCGUUCAUUUCUGCGAUCGAGGGACCGCUUCCAUGACUCGAAAGAAAGCGAUCCCAAACAAAUCCGCAAUAAAAACGAAGACGCAUCAAACCAGCCGUCCGAAUAGGACAAAAGUAACGGCGCCCUACGAAGAGGUCGAAAAAAGUCCAUUCCGCGAAGGCUGGAAGAAUUUCGCUCGCUCUGCGCUUCUUUCACCGUUAUUUGCUCGUGUUGUGUGGGCGUGGCUAAAAUGAGAUCGGCUGUUCCGUGAAACACGAUUGGUAAAUUUGUUCAACGUACGCACGCGAGUACGAGGAAAAUCGACGUUACUGAAAUGUUUAUACAACACUGAACUGGUAGCUCCUUUGUUAGCAACAUUUGCCUCGCAGCUCUAAUAUAAAACUGAAAAAUAGCAUACUUGGACACCAAAAAAACCAAAACGUCUCAACUGAUUAACUAUAAUUGCGAUAAAGGAAAAUAAAUCAUAUCUUUCUUGUCAUUUCUUUUGGUUUAAUUAUUAUUUUUUUUAAUUAAUCGAAUGUAGUUCCUCAGUAAGUCUUUGACCAGCUUUCAGGCAGAGAAACAUCACUGAUGGAUCGUCGUGAACAGUCGCUCCUCUUGGGUUCCUCCUCGUUGCUCUUAAUGAAGCAUGCACGUCAAACCCGGCCCGGGUGUGUGCACGCAGAUGCUGGGCCGAGGAGUAAUCACGUGGAGCGCCAGCACGCGUUCUGUCCAAGAUGGCUGCCUCUGAGAGCUAGAACGCUAAAUCGGCGUUCUUUAGCGUGUGUUCAAACGAACGAGGAACUGAAAUCAACAUGCCGGUGGUCAGUUAUGAUGUUUUAUAUGGGAUCUCGGAUUAUACGGAAUAAUCUGCAGAUGCAUUGAGAAAAGAGAUCGCAUGUGUUACAACACUAAAUCAUAUUUCUGUAUUGUUGUUUUUUGAUUAGUUUUUUUUUAUAAUAAUAAUGAUAAACAAAAGACCAGGAAAAACCCUCCUAGGUCGUCCAAUUUAAUGCUGCCUUUUUAAAAAGUCAACGCUAUAAUGUACUGAUGUAAUCAUACCGAGGUUUUUUAUUCCCCCUUAAUAAAAAAUACAUCAAAUCAA